CUUGGCCGCGCCUCUCCGCAUGCGGCAUUGUCUCUUUUGCCAGUCAAUAUGGGACGGGCAAGCGAGCCAGGUCCAUAUGACCUCACCACACUCCUCACCUCACGAGAUCAAUCUGAGACGUCGGUAUCCCAUCUUAUUUUGCGACUCGUCGAACAUACGCACACCUAAGCCGUCCAGUCCCAGCCAAUUCCAUUUGCAGGAGUCUGUCUGUACAGACGUAAUCGUCAUCAUGCGCCCUGGAAAGAUCGUGCUCUGAACGGCUUUCGUCGCCUUUCGUCGCUUCGUCGUCGUCCUCGCCCAAACAGCAAAUCAGACCAACCUCGUAAACCCUUCAUUCCUAAAACAACCUGUCAGUCGUUGUUGUCUCGCCUAUAUCCUGCGUUCUCCCCACCUCCCACUCUGAAGAUUACAUUGAGGAAAGACUGCGCCAUGUCUGUCGGCUUGGGCAAUCGACCAUAGCCUGCAUUUUGCGAGAAAAGGAAGCUAGAAGCAAACCAUAAACAAAGCCCCGACGACAGAAUGUUCCUAUUAAUGCGACCUCUCCUCCACCUGCUACAGCUCGCGCCACUGGUUGGCCUGGCCUUUGCAGCAUCGUCCGGCAACAAGCAGCAGCCCCUGGUGCCGACCAACGACAACAAGACCGACGGGCCUUCGCCGAUCGUCUCCGUCGAACUCUUCCGGAACCUCGAGCGCACAUCGCGCAUCGUCGACAUAGCCUACUGCGUCGGUACCUCGGGCAUAUCGCAGCCCUUCUCAUGCGUGUCACGAUGCAAGGAGUUUCCCUCGUUCAUCCUCGUCUCGACAUGGAAUACGGGGGUCCUGCUGAGCGACAGCUGCGGUUACAUCGCCGUGGACCACGGCGUGCGGAGGCCAGGGGAUGAGGACAGAUUCAAUGGCGACGUCGGAGAGAAAGCCAUCAUUGUCGCGUUUCGUGGUACCUACAGCAUCUCAAAUACCAUUAUCGAUCUGAGCACGAUACCGCAGGAGUACGUGCCUUAUCCUGCUCCCGAUGACGGCGGCGAGGCGCCUGAGGAACCCAAGCACAAGUGCAAGGACUGCACCGUCCAUAUGGGGUUUCUGGCUUCGUGGCGCCAGGCGCGGAAGCUGGUGAUUCCCGAAGUGACCAAGUUGAGGGAGCAAUAUCCUGACUAUCCGAUUCAUCUGGUGGGCCACAGUCUCGGCGGCGCGGUUGCGAUGCUCGCGUCCCUCGAGCUGAAGGUGUCGCUGGGAUGGAACAACGUUCUCGUCACCACGUUUGGCGAGCCCAAGGUCGGAAAUCAAGGACUCUGCGACUAUGUCGACGAAGUCUUCGGGCUGGACAACGAGGAAUAUAAGACCUUUCCAAAGCGUUCCUACCGCCGCGUUACCCACGUCGACGACCCAGUGCCGCUGCUCCCGCUCACCGAGUGGGGCUACAAGCCGCAUGCCGGCGAAUAUUACAUUACCAAGACGGAGUUGUCGCCGUCGCUCGAAGACGUCAUCGUCUGCCGCGGCGACAAUGAUGCGCGCUGCAUCACGAAGGGGGACGGCGGCUUCUUCGAGACCAACGUGCAACACACGGCGGUGGACCAGGUUGCAGGGUCGAUGGAAAGGGUCGGCGAAAGCAAGUGGGCAAAUGGGCUGCCGGACUUUCCGGCUCGACUCAAGCUUUGGCAGCUACUCUUCGCCCACAGGGAUUACUUCUGGAGACUCGGACUUUGUGUGCCUGGGGGUGACCCGGCGAAUUGGGGGAGGGACAAGUAUGGCGGACGUGAGGGUGUAAUAGCAGAUGAGCUUUGAGCGCUGCCGUGUUGUUUUUUCUUUUUCUCUUCUGGAAGUCUUUUUUUGGAUCGGGGCGUCAACCUUGACCCGUCUUCGCUCCUAAGUGCCUGGGAGGGAUUCAUUGUUGCAAUAGGCAUCUACUGGUGUACAGUCUGAACGCAGUGGCAGGGUUUAUCAAGAAAGCCAGGGUUUGGAUGGGAUAACGGGCGUUUUCACUUUCUAGUACCUCUGGAUCAUGUAGCUUAUUGAAACAACAGAAAGAAAGCAAAGUUCCCUCACUGUCGUGCCAGCAUCACCCCCUUUUUUUCUGCCACUUGAGUCGCGGGACGACAACUCUCCACAACCCUGGGCCGGAGCUAAAGUCCGGACGCGGCCUCGGUCACAGCGACCACCCAACGUGUGGACUUUAGGCUCCGUCUUUCAACCUUGGGGGUUGCUAACCGCGUUUAUCUUUGCCAUGAUGGACACACAAGAGAUCGGUCCGAGGUCUGGAUUGACCAGAAACAAAUGAGCCUAACUGGGCUGUGUGCGGAACGAGGCCGUUGACCAGGGGUCUUUGGUUUUUGCAUGCUUCCUUCGUUCGGGGUGGGAAGGAGUAAACCAGGUCCAGCUGCCCACACGUCUUUCUAUACCAAGUCUCGAGCCAGGCACCACAAGCUCUUUAAUGAGCUGCUACUUCAAGUCAGUCUGUCAUGGACCAACGCGCGGCAAGCCGGAAAAUUCCAGAAGUCGACCCGCUGUACCUCUAGAAACCCCAGAAAUCCCCAAAACCUGUGGUCGGGCAAGGCGAGUAGGCCGUGCUAGUGGGCAAGCAAUAUGUAGGUGCCGGGAAUAGCCCCCCGGGUCAAUGUGCCUGCGACGCCCCUAAGUCAGCGUGCCCUCCUCGCGGGUAUCCGGCGACUUCCACUGUUGAUGCUUAACCCGAAAAGCAAGGUGGAACUUGGUCAGGACCGGGUUAGCCUGUCCUCCUCCGCGUGAAAUCGCAUCGCCCGUGCCUCCUCCGGAUUUGAAGUCUCAUGUAUU